AUGGAGGGACAGACUCCUGGAAGCAGAGGCCUCUUGGAAAAGCCCGUGACCGCCAGCCGCGGUCUGUCCUCCCUGAGCGCUGUCUUCAUCCUCCUGAAAUCUGCGCUGGGGGCCGGCCUGCUCAACUUCCCCUGGGCCUUCCACAAGGCCGGUGGGGUGGCCCCCGCCUUCCUGGUGGAGCUGGUCUCCUUGGUCUUCCUGAUCAGCGGGCUGGUCAUCCUGGGCUAUGCCGCCUCCGUCAGUGGCCAGGCCACCUACCAGGGCGUGGUGAGAAGGCUGUGUGGACCUGCCAUCGGGAAGCUGUGUGAGGCCUGCUUCAUCGUCAACCUGCUCAUGAUCUCCGUGGCCUUCCUCAGGGUGAUCGGGGACCAGCUGGAGAAGCUGUGCGACUUCCUCCUGCCCAGCGCGCCGCCCACCCUGCAGCCCUGGUAUGCCGACCAGCGCUUCACCUUGACCCUGCUCUCCAUGCUGGUCAUCCUGCCUCUGUCCGCCCCGAGGGAGAUCGGGUUCCAGAAAGUGACAAGUCCUUCCUCCUGGACCUCUGUGUUUAGUGUCUUCCCCACCAUCUGCUUCGGAUUUCAGUGCCAUGAGGCUGCUGUCUCCAUCUACUGCAGCAUGCGCAACCAGAGCCUGUCCCACUGGGCCCUGGUCUCCGUGCUGUCCUUGCUGGCCUGCUGCCUCGUCUACUCGCUGACAGGCGUUUAUGGCUUCCUGACCUUCGGGACCGCAGUCUCUGCCGACAUCCUGAUGUCCUACCCGGGUGACGACGGGGUCAUCAUCGUGGCCCGCGUCCUCUUCGCCGUCUCCAUCGUGACCGUCUACCCCAUUGUGCUCUUCCUGGGGAGGUCGGUGAUGCAGGAUUUCUGGAGGAGGAGCUGCUGCCAGGCGUGUGGGCCCAGGGCCCUGGCCAACCCCUCGGGGCUGCUGACGGUCCUGUGGGUCGCCGUGACGCUCGCCAUGGCCCUGUUCCUGCCGGACCUCAGCGAGAUCAUCGGCAUCAUCGGCGGCAUCAGUUCCUUCUUCAUCUUCAUCUUCCCAGGUCUGUGCCUCAUCUGUGCCAUCGGCACCGAGCCCGUAGGACCACGAGUCAAGUGCUGCUUGGAGGUCUGGGGAGUGGUGUCCGUGCUCGUUGGCACCUUCAUCUUUGGGCAGAGCACGGUGGCAGCCCUCCUGGAGCUCCUGUGA